UCGGCGCCCCAGCGGCCGGGCGUCUGAGCAUCUGCGGCGCCGGGGAGGGCAGCUGCUGGGGCAGGGCGGUGGGUCCCCGGCCCCGCUGCGGGGCUCCGCACCCGCUACCGGCCCGGGCCAGCGCCAGGGAGCGGCGGCGUGGCUCGGAGGGCAGGCGGGCGGCGACAGGCUGUGCCCCACUUUGUGUCCAAUCAGAGCGUGCGGGGUGCGCGCGGAACAGGGCAGCAGUGCGUAAACAAGCCUGGGAAACUCCUCCGCUCCGCCGUGCUCUCCCCCGGCUGGCUCCCGCAGCCUCCCCCGCCCUCCGGCUCCGGAGCGCCCUACCGUUACCUGCCUCCCGCCCGCCAGCCCGCGCUCCCCCCAAGCUCAGGGCCUCUUGAGGGAAGGAUGAGGAGCUGGUGAAAACUCCAGGUAGAAGAUAAAUUAAGGAAUCAGAAGAAACUUGAGUAUACCACAAAGAAAACAAGGAAGUAUCCCGGAGCAGAAUCUAGAGUACAAGUGCUGGUAUGAAAACACCCUGCCCAGAAAAGGAGCAGGAGAUAUGAAUGAUGUCCCUGUGAGAGGUCUGGAAUGUCCAUCAAAUGCCUGGAGAGGUGCAGUUGCACAGAGCAGCUCCUGUGAACCACAGCACCUCCAGCUGUCAAACUCACGCCUCUGGCCUAAAGCGCUCAGCCAGCAUCGCCUGCCCCACGAAUGGCUACCCUGAGGAAGCACUUGGUGAAAGAUUUCAAUCCUCAUAUCACCUGUUACAUCUGUAAAGGAUAUCUUAUCAAGCCAACCACAGUAACUGAAUGCCUCCAUACCUUUUGUAAGACAUGUAUUGUUCAGCACUUUGAAGACAGCAAUGACUGCCCCAGGUGUGGCAAUCAGGUGCAUGAGACCAAUCCAUUAGAAAUGUUAAGGUUGGAUAACACAUUAGAGGAAAUUAUAUUUAAGCUGGUGCCUGGACUUCGAGAACAGGAACUUCAGCGUGAGAUCGAAUUUUGGAAGAAAAACAAGCCUCCAGAAAAUGGACAAGGUAUCUGUGGCAGCUUGCUGGUAGAGAUCGACAGGAUGAGUGGAGGAGUGCUUGAGCAGGGUAGCAGAGAGUAUGAAAGUCCAAAAGCUGACAAGUCCAAAGUAGAUGAAGAGGAUGAUGAAAAUCAAGACGAUAAAGAUUAUCAUAGGAGUGACCCACAGAUUGCUAUUUGCCUUGAUUGUUUACGGAACAAUGGGCAGUCAGGGGAUAACAUAGUAAAAGGUUUAAUGAAGAAAUUCAUCCGCUGUUCUACACGAGUGACUGUGGGAACCAUCAAAAAGUUUCUCAGUUUAAAAUUAAAGCUUCCAAGUUCUUAUGAGCUGGAUGUACUAUGCAAUGGUGAAAUCAUGGGGAAGGAUCAUACUAUGGAAUUCAUCUAUAUGACAAGAUGGAGACUAAGAGGCGAAAAUUUUCGGUGUCAGAACUGCUCAUCUUCGCAAGUCUGCUCACAGGAUGGCACUUUUUAUCAGUCUUACCCUAUGGUACUGCAGUAUCGACCCAGAAUUGACUUUGGUUAGACCAAAGGGACGGAUCCUACUGAGAUGAAUCCUGCACUAUUUGUUACCCAUCGACAGAUUGCACAAUGAAUGGAUGUGCCUGGAUUAAGGGGACACAACCAGAUUUUCAGCAUGCAAAUAAGGACAUUGUCUUUCUUAAAAUUGUCAAUUGCAUCCUUGUUGUUUCUAUUAGAGCAAGCCAAGUGCCAUUCUGCUACUGAAAUGUGCAUAAGAUAUUUGUGGUAUCUUAAAAGUGUGCUGCAAGUCAUAGCCAAAAUCAUGACGUGUAUAGUCAAGAUUCAGAAACUACAGAACAUUUUGCCUGCCUGUUAGAAGAGUUUUCUGGUCCUAAUGUUGAUUACACUAGCAAAAUGGCAGAAUGCUCAUUCCAUGUGGUGUUGCAAUUGUCACAUAUUUACUAUUUUACUGAUUAUUGUUGUAUAAAUGAUAGAGAACUGUACAAAAAUUAUGGAUUAUACCUUGAAAAUAUUUUGUAUAGAAAAUAUAUUUAGAACAGUGGUGAUUGUGCCACUACAUUUUUCUUGUUAAGUUUCCAUGCGUCCAGGUAUAGCUCGCCCAUGAGUGUGCAACAAUCCUUUUGCAACGAAUGAAGAUUAUCCUUACAACAAUAUUAGAACAUAGUAAUUCAACUAAGCCAUUUUAAAUUGUCUAAAUAGAUUCUACCAGUAUCACCUAAUAGCACCAUAGCCCUUGUGAGUGCAAAAUUGUAUGACUUGCCUAAAGACUGGAAUUUGAUAUACAACUAUUUAGGAUAAUGGCAGCUGGUCAAAUUACGUUUCUUUUAAUAAAGUCAAUGUAAAAGUGAGGUUAAAAUAAUUUAAAUGUCUAAUAAAAAAGCAGAAAUUCCUGUCUCAAAUUACACCAUAUAGCAAACAUUUAUAUAUCUUUUGUCACUCUGUUGCCAUUCACAUUAAGGAUUUAUUUUUAAGAUUGGGUUUAGAUGUGUCCAAGUGUGGCAUAUAAUAGAGUAAAAUAAUACAAACUAACAUAUUUCAAAAUACAUAGCUUUAAUGGCAUUAAAUUUCUGUUAAGUUUAUCUGGAGUUCAGAAGCUAUUGCACAUAACUUAAUUAGUUAUUGUCGCAUCCUAACGCUAGUUCCAUAAAACUGGAGAUAAUGCAAUAUAGUAGAUAAGCAGUCUGAUGAAAAUAAUAGGCUGCUCAAGGUAUUUUUUUUCUCAGACCUGAUAGUGGUGAGAAAAAAGUGAUUUUUUUUUUGCCUUAGAUAUCACAAAUAUAAUGGUUCUAGUGAAGAAAAUUGUAUUAAGGUUUCUGGUAACAUUGUAGGGAGCAUUAUAUUUCAUGCAUUUUCUGUAGUCUUCCAUUGUCUUUGCUCAGUUUACAAGUCAGAGUGGGUUUUUUAUUUCAAACUCUGCAAAGAUACUUACAGUUCAAUACUUGGCAUAAUUUCUACUUAAUGCACAGCUACCAGCAUUCUUACUUACUUUUAUAUGACUUUAUGUAUUCAACAAAAAGGAAACAAAUUGACUCUCAGAAGCUACUAUAGAAUGAACUAGUCGUGCUUAGAAAAUCAAAUCAAAAACCUAAAUAAAAAAAACAGGAUCAAAGCAUAAAAGAUAGACGAUGGGAAAUAGCUCCUAUUAAAGUUUGGUGGCAGUACAAUUUAUAUAUGUAGGGCAUGCAAACAAACAUGCAUUGCAGGUGAAAAGCUGGCCCCUGAAGUCAAUGGGAGUUUUGCCAUUGACUUUAGUGAGAACAGGAUUUCAUCCUAUUUGUACACACUGAGUCAGAUCCUACCUUUGUGUUCCAAAAGCCACGUAACAAGGGGGAGUAGAGACAUUGCCCAUAGCAUUCUGUUAAGGAAUCCUGCCAUUGCAGAUGAAGAUUGCAUAUAAUGUGCUGACACAGGGUGCCAUGGGAAACACUCUGAUACUCCCUUCUGCAGGCACGGUGUGCUGACUGAUAUUGGGGCUAGUUGGGCCAUACUGUUGAUAGGAACAGAUGCAUUUGCUGGUUGCAAAGGCUAGUCUCCUCUUGCCCUCCCAGUCUGUGGCACGCUCAUUAGCAGGUUUGACAAGCUGCUCCAUGUCUGUAGACCCCAGCUCCUACACAGAGCCUUAACAAAUGCAGUGGUACUCUUCACAGACACAGAGGUCUGCCCACAUGGAUCAGGUUGCAGGAGUGGGAACCAAAUUUCUAUUGCAUAUCCAUAUUAUCUGCAUCAUACUAAAUUCCUUUAUAAAGAAGCAAUACAAUGUUGUUUCUAAAUAUUUACAUGUAUGUACAAAUGACACCUUACAAUUUUUAUAUCCUUCACAUCAUUGAAGUGUUUUUAUGCCAGGAGUAUUUUCAAGGUGGCGUCACAUUAAAACGAAAGGUUUGUUUCAAAGCUUUUGGUUUCAGUUUGUCAUAAAAUUUAAUAGCAAUAUUUCAAGUUUAAUUUUUAGUUGAUUCAGGAGAUACAAUGUUGUAUUUCUUUCGUUGCAUAUUUGCUGGUUUGGUACAUUUGGACUGGGUGUUUUAAACAAACAGAAGGACAGCACAGAAUUUGUUUGCAGUGUUGUUGUAGCCAUGUAGUCCCAGGAUAGUCGAGAGACAAGGUA